UCGACCCUAUUUGUUUGGCGUCCUCUUAAGCUCACAAAAGUCUCGCGGCGGCUGCGGCUCGUUUCCAACUUUCUACCUUUCACACUUUCUACGGCUGCGACUCUUGCGGUUUGGCUGUCAUUGUUUCCGUCCUCGCGUCUGCUAUUGUUACGGCUACCGCUACGGUCAGGCUCCCCUUCCACCAGGUGCCCGCUACGGACACGUAAAAUGGCCAGGCAGCAGUCAGCGACCAGUUCAACUGUCACAUUUAUGUUUUUUGCUUUUGUUCAUAUGGAAAGGAAAAGGGAACGGGAACGAAAGUAAGGCGAGCUGAAGCGAAUCAAAAUUUCUGCGUUUGCGGCCGCCGCUGGCAAGGCUCUUGCACUGUGAUAUAACAGGAGUUGCGCCCACCUAGCUCUGCCUCCUUGGCGUCUCUCUUCCUCUCAGCCACCGCCGCCCCGCCCUCUGCCCCUGUCAUCGUCCACAUCAGUAGCAGCAGCAGGAGCAGAAGCAACUGCGGAUACGACGACGAAGUGGGCCGGAGUCGGAGUCGGAGUCAAAGCUCUCAUGUCGCAGCGCCAUUGACCAACGCAGGGCAGACGAAGGAGCCAACAGACCGGAGCGCAGGAGCGCCGAAGUUACCCACUGCUUUGGGCCAAUUCGUUUGACAAUUGAGAAAGUGAGCUGCAGUUUUAAAUGAAGAAAUAUGGGAAAUGGCAUGAACAAGGUCCUGCCUGGUCUAUACGUCGGCAACUACCGCGACUCCAAAGACCACGCGCAGCUGGAAAGGUUCAAGAUCUCGCAUAUCAUCGCGAUACAUGACAGUCCGCGCCGCCUGCUCCCGGAUAAGCAUUACCUCUGCGUGAUGGCCUCGGACACGCCGGACCAGAACCUUUCCCAGUACUUCUCCGUCUGCAACGAUUUCAUCCAUGCCGCCCGUCUGCGGGAGGGCAACGUGCUGAUCCACUGCCUGGCGGGGAUGUCUCGCUCGGUGACCGUUGCCGUGGCCUACAUUAUGACGGCCACGCACCUCAACUGGAAGGAGGCGCUGAAGGUGGUUCGGGCCGGUCGCUCUGUGGCCAAUCCAAACACGGGUUUCCAGAACCAGCUGCAGGAGUUCGAGCAGUUCAAGCUCACCGAGGAGCGGCGGCGGUUGCGUGAGCGUUUCCCCUCCUCUGCCCUGGAGCAGCUGGACCGCAUUAAAGUGGUGACGGCGCUGGACAACUACCAGGAGCUGCUGCAGAACAAAGACAUAUGUGAGGGCAACUGCUCCCGGGGCGAAAAGUGUCCAACAGGCGUUUGCAAUAUGGACCCCACCAAGGGCUUGUUCCGACGCCGCCCUUCCAGCGCCUCUACCCACUCGCGGCUCCGUGCCCAGUCCUCCAGCACCAACGCCUCGUCCAGUUCGCUAACUGUGAGCGGCGCCGCUGCCCAGUCCUGCCCCACAUCGCCAAAGCACUCGCCGUUGCCCCUGCCCCGCCGGUCUGUGGGAAACGAGCGCAUCCCCGAGGAUGAGACUGCGGUUGAACCGGUCCCUACCACUUCAAGUGAGGCGGCUGAGUACGCCGCCGCCGUCGAGGACGCCCGUCGGGAGCAGGAGCAACGCCAGCAGCAGUUGGGCAAGGGUCAGCGCUCACCUCGACCUGGCGGUUCUGCGAACGCCACUCCUCGGGUGAGCAGUGCCGGGAGUCGGAGAGAGUCUAAGGCCAAGGAAGGCGACGGCUCCGCACAUCUGCAGCGGAGUGCCAGCACAGUAAGCGGCUUUGGAGUGCGUCCGUGGAGCAGUCCGGCAGGUCUGCACGCUUAUACAGGCUCGGUUCCCUCCUCCGUCCACGGGUCACGAGUGGAUUUGCGGGAUGCCGACAAGGGAUCAGCCAUCUAUCUGGGCUGCUCGGCGCCAAGGGCGUCUACCCUGUCUAUAUCGUCGUCGAGGGGCUCAUCGGGCGGCUCCGCCCCGCCCUCUCCUUGCAACACACCUCCUUCCAGCCCACGACACGGAAUAAAGAGAUCCACCAGCAUGGCGAAGAAGCCGAGAUGAAGGCUAGAAUUUUUAGAAGCGAGCGUUGCAUGCCCCGGGCGAGAGCUUGUGACCCCGGGGGCAGCUUGAACCUUUUGCAGACUAUUUUGAAGAGAGUAGAGGUGAACCCGAAAAUCGCCGUCUCUACAUUAGCUUACUAUUGUACUACCAAACGCUAAGGCUGCAGCAUCCUUCUCUGCUGGCUUUAUCACUAUAGUGGUUUAUCGAUUUUUAGAGGCAUUCGGCAGUCGCCUUGCAGCCUGAAUCAAAAUCAAAUGUUGAGAGAUUAUUUUUCAGAGGCGCAUUUAAAAAUACCGACAUAUACAUAUACACGCAUAUAUACUAUAAACUGUAUAUUAAAUAGUGUUACUAUUUAUAUAAGCCAAUUGUUGUCGGUCCCCUUGCAGGAGAAGUUUUGUACGAGAAGCUGAGGAGCAGCCGAGUGAUCGCGAAUGCAGUCGAACAAUAACUCAGAAUUGUGCAAUUGCGUAUUGUUGAUUAUAUCCAUUGUUGUCGAAAUAUUUUGAUAGAAGGCAAGCCGAGUGGGCCCGCCCCAUAAUUGUUAUAUACAUUCAUACCUAGUUGAUAUACACUGUACUACCAGAUUCGGGUACCAGAUUGUUAUUUAGAGUUGUUGCAUUAUGUAGCGUUGAAUAUGUAAACAUAUUUUAUUAGCUCGCCCCGUCACACCAUCCCAAACCUUGUAAUCCCACCCUUAGACACGAAUUUCCUUACG